UAAGGAUAAAAUUGUCCUCACGAAAAUUAAACUUUUCUCUGGAAGACAUACUGACUGUGCUAUCGUUUCUGGCUUUGUAGAUAUUCUCUCAAAGAUAUUCAGCAAUUUGAAAACCAAUGCUUCAGUGAUACCCUUUUUUCUUUGUCUAUGUAUAUGUGUUGUUUGCAUGCAUUGAUCCCUUUCUCUUUGUCCUUUCUCCUUAUUCUCUUUGUUAAUUUCGUUGAUCUGUAUUUAUUUGAUGGGUUUUUGCUAAUGUAGAGUUGGAUGUUUCGAAUUGUACUUCGGUUCCUCGUCUAAUUUCUACUGUAACUUUUAUUUUUGUUUGGUAUUUGUGAAAAACAGAAGGGGGUAAAGGAAGAGGAAUUUUAUGUCUGUUCUAAUGAAAAUCUAAUUCAAUUCAUUAUUUUCUUGUUUCUUUAAUUAAUUUUUUGUUGGAACUCCAAUUUCAGGAUCUUAAUUUUUACUAAAAUAUGACUUCUGGGUUUUCUUUUCUGUUUGAUCUUCUCUGCCUCUCAGUUUGGCUAGUGAGAAACCCGUGGGAAAGUAUAAAUCUGGAAACUUUACCUAUUAGUCUAUUAGGUUUGCCUUAGUUCAGUGGGUCUGAAAUUGAAAUAAUGCAUGUUCUCUUCACAUUAUAUUAGAUCUGGAAUGAGGGGCGGGUGGAUGUGUAAAAGAAAAUAUUUAGAGUUCAUCCAUGGUUGCAGCUACUGCAGUCCUUUUGUUACCUGUGAAUGGUUUCCAAAUUAGCAUCGAUUUUCUGUUAAUUUCUCAAAGGUUUCUCCAACCUAAAAUUUGUAUAGUGUAAAACAUACCUUCUAUUUCUCUUUUCUGUAUCCUAUUCUUGGUCUAUUUCUUUCUUUCUUUUUAUUUUUCUUUUUUAAUCUUAUGCAUCUAUUUAUAUUUUAUACCUUCAGAAGACAAAGCUGAAUUAAUUGCCUUACUGUUGUGGGCAGAGCCACCUCUCUCAGCUGACUUUUUGGAAAUGCCAUUGUUUUUUGCUGGUGCCGCCUCCACCCACCUUUCAUUUUCUCCUUGCACGCCUACCCAAUAGAAGCAAUGAAGCAAGCCUCAGGCUUUUCUGUGCCUGUAGCCAUUGUCGUUUUGGCCAUCAUCUACAUUUACUUCUCCACGCUCUUUGUCUUCAUAGAUGAUCCCGGUUCAGUCCCGUCCACGUACAUGCCUAAUAUCGAAGAUGCUGAUAGCACAAUUCAUGAGAUCAAACGCAAAGGAGGAGACUUGAGAUAUUGUCGGAAGUGUUCUCACUAUAAACCUCCUCGCGCUCAUCAUUGUCGCAUUUGCAAAAGAUGUGUGUUGCGAAUGGACCACCACUGCGUUUGGAUAAAUAAUUGCGUAGGCCAUGCAAACUAUAAGGCGUUCUUCAUAUUUGUUGUGUACGCUGUAAUUUCGUGCAUUUAUUCGCUGGUCUUGCUUGUCGGUAGUCUAACUGUCGACCCUGAAAAGGAUGACCAACAAAAUGGUGGCUUUUCCAGAAGCAUAUAUGUUAUAUCUGGGUUGUUGUUAAUCCCCUUAAAUGUUGCACUCGGCGUUCUUUUGGGUUGGCAUAUCUACCUUAUCUUGCAAAACAAAACCACCAUUGAGUAUCAUGAAGGAGUGAGAGCUUUGUGGCUUGCAGAGAAAGGAGGGAACAUUUAUAAGCAUCCAUAUAAUAUUGGAGCUUAUGAAAAUCUGACAACUGUACUUGGGCCAAGUAUUUUCUGUUGGUUAUGUCCCCUAUCAACACAUAUCGGUGCAGGUCUUCACUUUCUUACAAUAUAUGAUAACCCUACUAUAACAUCUUCCAAAUGAAGUUCCAUUGUGUUUGGUUGUGUUAGUGCAUUGGCAAUAAAUGGAUGUGGAGCUCUCUUAACUCUUCAAUGGUGGAUGCAUGUUGAUGCUUGUAUAUUGUCAAACCAAGUGCCCACAAUUUUGGCUUUUUAACUUACAAAGAGAAUGAAUCCUGCAUCAUCACAUGCUCAUAACAGCCUAGUCCAAGAAAAGUUGUCCACUGCAAGUCUGAUGAUGUAAGGAAAGGAACUGACCCAGAAUAGCUGAAGUAGUCAAUCUGAGAAGUGUGAAGUAAUUAGGCAUAGCAAUGUGUUUUUUCCCCCUCUCACAUUAUAGUUUUUCAGGGUUUUUUUUUUCUUUUAUGUGGACUGUUUGGAUAACACCUUGUGUAUAAAGAGGGAUUUGAAUCCCCUACUUGUCAAAAGGAGCAGAUAGAGGAGAUGAGGAGAACUUGUAUGAUGAGCGGAUAAUUCUUGCAUGUAAUCUUUGUAAAAUCAAAUAAUAAAUCAAAGUUGUGAAGUAGUUUUGUUUGUUUGUA